CUCUUGUGUAUAUAACACUUCUAUGUAUAAUAUAAAUUCGCCUGAAAGGUGGACUAACAUCGCACAUUCGACGUUUGCCCAAACCAGAAGUUUCUCGGCUUCCGUAGUGACUACGGAAAAAUGGCUGCUCACGCAAGCAAGACGUUGCUGCGCUCCUUAAGUCGAUUAAACGUCGUCGGACUACCGAGUUUGUUAAGCAGGCGGACAUACGCGACGGCAUUGCCCAUAAAUUCGGAUGCUAAUAAAAAUCUUCCUGCGAGAGGCGGGAGAGGACCUUUCAUCAAAAGGCCCCGAAGAGAUGCAGGACCACCGAGGACAGAAAAGAUGACAGAGGACCAGGACUGGACGACGGUCUACCCGGCGGCGGCCCCUUUCAGAGCCGGUGCCGUGCCUCUGCCUGUGAGGAUGGGCUACCCUGUGAAAAGGGGGGUUCCCCCAGAGAAAAAGGGCAACCUGGAGCUGAUCAAGGUUCCCAACUUUCUCCACUUGACACCCGCAGCCAUCAGGAAACACUGCGAAGCUCUCAAACCGUUCUGCAACGCGUGGCCGUCCGCUUUGAACACAGACGCAAAGUGUGAGCGGCACUUUCCCAUCCAGGUGGAGAGUAGCGACUACGUGUCGGCGGGCCUCUCCGUACGAAACCCCGCCGCCCGCGUCGUUCAUCUCAGAGUGAAGCUUUCCAGUUUGAACCUGGACAACCACGCCAGGAAGAAAAUGAUCCGACUGGUCGGGGAGAGAUACUGCAAAGACACGGAUGUCCUCACCAUCACAACAAACAGCUGUCCGCUGAGACAGCAGAAUUACGACUACGCCAUGUACCUGCUGACCGUCCUUUACCACGAGUCCUGGAAAACGGAGGGGUGGGAGGCUGAGAAGACUGUGGCAGACAUGGAGGAGUACUCGUGGGAGGACAGCCCAUCCCAGAAGAACAUCUUGGACACGCUGUUGCGCGAGUCGGACGCCGGUGAGGAAGAACGUGAGCGUCUAUUGGGCAGGACCGAAGUGCAAGAGUACAAGGACUCGGUCACCAGACUGAAGAACCAAGGUGACAGCGAGGGCGUCAUGCUGCAGUAUAAAGAGGCUGUCAAGAAAGUCCUCAAGAUAUGACCUGUAGCAACAUUACAAAGGAAAUGUACUACGAUGUCUACCAUACCUAAUUUGUUGUAGGGCCAAGCUAGAUGGCUAACUGCACUGUCGUGGGAGAAAUGGUACAAGGUUUUAUUACUAACUCGCAUUUGCCAGGAAUAGGCACACACAAAAUGAAGGCGUUCUGUACUUAUAUAGUGGGGGAGGGCCAACUCAUGCUGGGAAGCCUGGUUGUGUCAGCAGACACCAAUUUAGACCCCCCACCCCCCCCAAAUCUUGAAAAUUGAGAAUGUGAAAGAAUUUCA